AUGACCUUUGCCCGAUGCGAAUCCUUACGGGAUAUCAAUAUUCCAUCGACAGUAUUGUAUGUUGGGGCCCGGGCCUUUGAUGAUUGCCACGAAUUGCCCUACGUGGACUUGCCACGCGGCCUUCUUCAGAUUGGGGAGUCUGCAUUCAAUGGCUGUCGCAGUCUGGAAAGGAUUCUGAUUCCUUCCACUGUGGUUGCGAUUGGACCCGCUGCUUUUCAUGUAUGCAGCUCUUUGAGAUCUGUGGAAAUAUCAAUCGCGCAAAACGGCCACGGUGUACUUGAAGCAAUUGGACCUGAUGCCUUCAUGCAUUGCUCGAGUCUCACGAAUAUUGGCAUUCCAAACAACUGCAACGUGGGAUCUGGUGCAUUUCCUGCAUCCGCAAGGUGCUGCCACAAAUUUUUUGAGAUGUUUAUCGAUGGUCGGAUGAAAGACUUGCCCAAGCGAUUGAAGGGAAGGUUUGACAGCUUGCCUUACCACACGAUAUGCUAUCAACAGGGCCAUGCUGGUGAAAUGGCAACCGAGUUCACACCAAUUGUCCAAGACUAUGAAAGAGGUAGUGAGAGGAUCAAAGACAUCUUUGGGCUUACUCCAUUUCAUAUUUUGGCACUUUCUGCAAAACCCAGUAUUGCUGCAUUGAAGAUGCUAGUAGAGGAAACGUCAAUGUCCGCAAAUGGGAUUCUUGAGUUUGACGAGUGGGAAGGGUAUUACACGCAAACUUUGACUCCCCUUCGAUACGCAAUCGAAAACCGUGCACCCGAGGCAUUGGCAUUCAUAAAGGCUAUGCUGCAUGUAUUGGUGGAUCAGCGAACAACAGAUUUGGGGUUGGAACUGUGGAGGUCGGACAUUGUUCGUGCUAUCAAUUCGUUUGAAGGAAGAGACGGAAGCGAACGAGCAGAGAAUGUUCAUGAUCUGUUUGAGUUGCUCAGAUUAUAUGAACGCAAGGAGGCCAUUUCACUCUUGGAGCAGGCAGUAUGGAAACAGAGAAUUGCUCAGACAGACAGGUCGAACGAAGAUGAUGAUCGGCAGGGUUAUUACUUGAAGUCUGGUGCAGAAAUAGUGAUUCCAAAUAUCUUGCCAUACCUUGGAAGUAUUGAAAAAACUCUAAUGUUUUAG